AUUUGUUUAAUUUAUUUAUUCUAAACAUCAUUAUAUUUUUUGACAAACUGGGUUAUAAAAAAUUUUAGUUUUUCUAAAAAAAAGUAAAUUUAAAAUGUAAUUAUGGGUGAAAAGGCAUACUACAGAUUUCCCUCAGCAGUAUCUCAUGGUUCUGUGUUGACAAAAAGUAUUUACGAAGAAUUUCGAUCAUCAAAAGAUUCAACAGCUGAUAAAAGUUGGUAUCCAUCACAAGAAAAUUUUCACAAAGAUGAAUGUCAAGAUUUAUCAAAUAAUUUUUCCCAGUUACAUUUAAAUUUUAAAAAUAACAACAAAAAAUCAAGGAGAUCUAAAAAUUCAAAUAAAAGUAUUCGACGUAUUGAUUCAUUAUCAAGACCAAAAUAUUAUACUGAAAAAUUUACAAAUGAUGAUGAUAAAAAAACUUCAGCGAUUGAUUUAACACCAUUAAAACCAAAUAGAUAUCGAGAAGUAACACCUAGACUUCUUCGUCUUGCUGAGCCAAAAUUUUGGUAUCCAACACCGACAAAUCCAUUGGGAAAAGUUCCAGCAAAAGCUCUUCGUGCAAAUGCUUCCAAAAGAAUUUUAGAAUUAGCAACACCAAAAUGGAGAACAGAGACAAUUUCGAAACAAGAUGAAACGGAUAGAAAUAAUUCGAAUGAUAAAUCAUCACAAGAUAAAUCUGAAAUUAAAAAAAUAUCAUUAAUUAAAAACCACUUGUCUACUCCUCUCAGCAAAGUACUACAAAGUUAUUUAGACAGAGUUUAUAAAGGUCCAUUUAAAAAUUAAAAAAAAAAUAAAAAUCAUUUUGUUUUUGUAAAAUUGUAAAUUGUAUAUUAUAAAUUUUUUUUUUUUCGGACGGAUUUAUACAUAAUCUCUUAAUAUUUAUUAUAAAAUAUCAUUAAAAUUAUUUAAUAUAAUAAUUAAAAUUUAUAUGUCAAAAUACAAUUGGACGGAAUAAUGACAUUGUAAAAAAUAAAAAAAUUAUUUUCUUAUUAAUUUAAAAAUUACAAGAAAGGAAAAAAAAAAAAAUUUCAUAUUCAAUUAUAUUUUUUUAAAUAAUAAAAAAGCUGAUAUGUCAAAA